CCACGCCCUGUGCCCCGCCCCCGGAAGCGCGCGCGCGGCGGGCGGGGCGGCGGGAGCGGCGGCGGGGCUGAGAACAGGCCCCAGCUGAGAAAUACUUCCCUGUGUUCCCUGUGACCCCUUGACCUGCAAACUGGGAGCAAAUACACUACAGGAUGUUCCGGCUGCGCUUGCUGCCCGCGGCCGCGGGGCUGGCGGCGGUGGCGCGGCGUUCCCAUGGCACAGCCCUGCGCCCCGGCACCCGGCGUAGGCUCCUGGUGGCGGCUUUCCUCGGCACCUCUGCGGCCACAGCGAGUGCCAGAUUCCUCUGGCAGAGGGCCUAUGCAGAAGACUCUGUCAGACACGGCCCGAGGGCAGAGCCAGGGGAGAAGAUGAAGCAGGAGGAGGAGGAGGAGAGCAGCAGUAGCAGUGAGGGCAGGAGGGCAGUGGCCUCGGGCGAUGAGGAGGCGCCGGCCGAAGGGAAGAAGAAGAAGCGCUCCGGGUUCAGGGACCGCAAGGUGAUGGAAUAUGAGAACAGGAUCAGAGCCUACUCCACACCAGACAAAAUCUUCAGGUACUUUGCCACGCUGAAGGUCAUCAACGAGCACGGCGAGUCCGAGGUGUUCAUGACCCCGCAGGACUUCGUGAGAUCCAUCACCCCCAACGAGAAGCAGCCAGAGAACCUGGGCCUGGACCAAUUCAUAGUGAAACGCUAUGAUGGGAAGACUGAGAAGCUGUCCCAGGAGAGGGAGAAGUUUGCUGACGAGGACAGCAUCUUCUACGCGCUCGGAGAAUGCGGCCUCAUCUCCUUCUCCGACUACAUCUUCCUCACCACCGUCCUUUCCACUCCCCAGAGGAAUUUUGAAAUUGCCUUUAAGAUGUUUGAUCUGAACGGCGACGGCGAGGUGGACAUGGAGGAGUUUGAGCAGGUGCAGAGCAUCAUCCGCUCGCAGACCAGCAUGGGCAUGCGGCACCGGGACCGCUCCACCACCGGCAACACCCUCAAGACCGGCUUCAACUCCGCCCUCACCACCUACUUCUUCGGGGCUGACCUCAAGGGGAAGCUCACCAUCUCCCACUUCCUGGACUUCCAGCGCAAGCUGCAGCACGACAUUCUGAAACUUGAGUUCGAGAGGCACGACCCGGUGGAGGGGCGGAUCACGGAGCGGCAGUUCGGGAGCAUGCUGCUGGCCUACAGCGGGGUGCAGUCCAAGAAGCUCACUGUCAUGCUCAAGCAGCUCAAGAAGCACUUCCAGGAUGGAGAGGGGCUGACUUUUGAGGAGGUGGAGAACUUCUUCACUUUUCUGAAGAACAUAAAUGAUGUGGACACGGCUUUGAGCUUCUACCACAUGGCUGGAGCUUCUCUUGAUAAAGUGACCAUGCAGCAGGUGGCCAGGACCGUGGCCAAGGUGGAGCUGUCAGACCACGUGUGCGACGUGGUGUUCGCGCUCUUCGACUGCGACGGGAAUGGGGAGCUGAGCAACAAGGAGUUUGUUGCCAUCAUGAAGCAGCGGCUGAUGCGUGGCCUGGAGAAGCCCAAGGACAUGGGCUUCACGCGGCUCAUGAGGGCCAUGUGGAAGUGUGCCCAGGAGACAGCCUGGGACUUCACAGCUCCCAAGCAGCAGUAGUGGGGUUGGCAAGGAGCACCCCCAUUCCCUGGAUCAGCCCCUGGGCACAGCAGGGUGGCACCAGGCUCUGGAGAGCCCAGGCUGGCUGUGCCAGGAGGGUUUUGGCAAUCCAAGUUAGAAACCCACACCUGCUGAAUUUGCUUGCUGCUGGCUCCUCCAUCUUCCUCUCUCUCAGGAACAAGGAAAGGACUUUUACUGGCACCACCUCCGUGGCAUGAUGUGCCCUGCUCCACAGCUGGGCCCCAAAUCACCUUUAUUUAAUGCUAUGAAAAAUGGCAUGGGGGGGUUCUUUUGAUUCUCAGCCUGCUCCUCAGAAAAGCCAGGCAAUUCCUGGAUUCCCUGGAUCCCAGGCCAGGAUUGCAGCCAGCCAAAAGCCCUGUGCUGCACCUGCUGCAGAAGGGCAGCUAAAAGCAGUGCAGCUCUCCUGCCUCCUCCUGCUGCAGGAGCUCCCUGAUUCCCUGAAUGGGGAGUUGUACUGGGAAGGGCUGGCAGGUGUGGUUUGCUGGGGGCUGACCUCUGUAAAAUUCCUUGUAAAGAUGUUCCUCCCUGCA